CUACGCCCGGAUAUGACCGCAUGAGCACGGAACCCAAACUUUAGCUCGUAGCUGUGCUUGUAGCACAACAGCUAAGCUCUCGGUAUUGAACAUAAACGCGGUGGGAAGCACGCUGUCUUGUGUAACACCGGCUUCGACGUUGACAUGGAGCUGUAGACAGGAUUUAUAAACAGAGUGAAAUUAAGGCCGAUCUGUUCUCAACUAGAUGUAAUAAAUGCAUUUCAGUACCGUGAUAUGAAAUACUUCAUGUUUGGCCGACCACAGAGUCAGUUUUGAGGAAUGGUCUGACUGCAGCAGUCCCAGUAAAGAUGCACAGCCGUCUGCAGGAGUUGAAGAAGGAAGAGGAGACUCUCCUCAAAAUCAAAGUCAUGCUACAGGAACAGCUGAACAGACUGAAGUUUGAAGAAGGGGCCUUAAAAUCUAUCAUUAAUGCUCAAACAGAAGAAGGAGCCUCACAACGGGCAUCACCAGAAACUGAGAUUCACAUUAACUUAGACGAUGAGAGCGAGAUCAAUCGAACCAAACUGCUACUGAACGCUGCUGUAGAUUAUGACAUGGAGGAAGAGGAGGAAGAGGAAGAAGAUGAUGAGGAAGACGAAGAGGACGAGGAGGAAGAUGACAAUGACCUUGAGUUGUUGCCUGAGGAGGACGAGGAUGACGAUUACUGACAUUCUCAGUGUUUCAUGGGGCUUCGAUAUUUGCACCACUGAAGAAGAACCAUAUGUAAACGGACAUCUGUUCAUCUGUUCACCUGUUUUGUACUAUCGCUUAGGGAGUUUAAUUUAUUUGGAUGGAGUGGGUAACAGUUACAGUGAUGUGUGUGUGUGGUGCGAACAGUAUCCUCACUGCCUGAUUUAAGGCAUGUCAUCCAGAUUUCAAAUUGUUAGAAUUCAUGUGUCAAAUGUUGUGAGCGAUGUCUCACUGAAAUGCAGUAAGACAGUGUUAUUAGGUGCUUAUAGCUGACUAGACAUUGUGCAUUGCAUUGAUGAGCAUUAGCAUUAAAAUGUAUGGCUGGGCCAUAUAAGAAGAUAGAGUGUAUUCAAUAUGUAAGAAAUAAUAAUCGUAAGCACAAAAUAAAAUGUUUUGCAUAGGG